AUGAAUACCUCCCGCGUUCUGAGGACAACAAAUGUCGUGCUUUUACUUAUGGGUUAUCAAAGGCAUUGGUUUGAAAAAAAGUCGCAUCGAUUCCGAUUGUCCCUGCCCAGUGUAGUUUACAUAUUUGUCCUCGGAGUUGUUUAUGCCGCGUGCUUCUCCCAGCAUUUCGAUAAGUCGUCAUCUACACUAAAAGUUUUGAAAGAUAUAUCACCCUUUCUAUUUGGAUUAAUCAGGGUGCAGCUUGCCUUGGGAGCGAAAGCGUUCGCUUAUGCCAUAUAUUCUUCGGUGAAAUCUGUGGGCGCAAUUAACUCCCUGUUGAAGGCUCUGCCAUCUAGGAAUUCCCAAUUCACACAAGACGAAGCCUUGGCCUACCUCUUACUGACUUCAACCUUUGGUAUACUCUUCUGUUUCGCGGCCUACAUAGCAUAUGAAAUGAAGUUCGAGCUACCCCCUCUGCCAGAUGCUAUGCUUGGGAUGGCUCUGCUCUUGCCGCAUUUCAUUUUAGCCGGGUCAGUAAGAUUGUACACUGUUCUCUCGUGGUUGAGUAGAGGACAGCUAAAAGAGCUUAAGAAAAAUGCCGGAGAGGAGUUAAGGGCUAAUUUGACGAAGGACCCGGGCAAUAUUGCCUCCGCCUUAUUUACGGUUUCCACGGAAAGCUUGGAAAAUUUAAAGACAAAACUGGAGAUUCUGGAAGCCAAUUUUUGCAUUUUCGCCCAGUCGUUAAAACAUUCUAUGCUGUUUCUUUUUGCAAUGCACGCAAACUGCCUUCUGGGAGGAUUUUAUACGCUUACGUACUACUGGAAUACCUGGUACGUUCUGUUCGAGGAUCGCAAGAGAAGAAUCUUCUAUGCGGCAAAUGCCUCCAUAUAUGCCUCUAUAGCCAGUGAUUACAUCUGUCUGAUGGUUGUUUUGUUUAUGAUGGAGAACGAGCGGCGAAACUUUAUUGAGGCUAUAGAUUUAUUGCUGGCCCAGAGGAAACUGUUUUCAAAAAAAUUGCGACCUAUCGCAAAAGAUUUGAGAGGCGUUCUUAAAAAAAAAUGUUUUAUGUUUGGUGGACCCUUUCAGCCAAAUAUUAUUUACGUCAGUUUGAUGGUAUGCCUUCAAAUCAUAGUAAUAACAUUGAUUGUGACUGUUCAUUAUCUGGAAGACGAAAUUUUGUUGCUAAAGGAAGAGUUCAGCAGCACCGACGACAAUUAAAAAGAUAUUGCUUAUAUUACACGGAAUGGUCGGUCUGUAGGAUGGAGCAACAAAUCACUAUUAAGUUGCUAAUAAAAUGGUUCAAACAGAAAUUUGUGCGACUUCGCUAGAG